GACGAGGAGGCUGAGCCAUCCAGGGGGACGGGAAGGAGGGAGAGCUGUCUUGAGAGUGGCGCCUGGUGAGCUCUGCCCUGCCCCCUCCAUGCAGUUUCCCAUGGGCCCUGCCUGCAUCUUCUUAAGAAAAGGAAUCGCUGAGAAACAGCGGCCAGAAAGACCACUGGGACCAGAUGAGAUUGAAGAGCUCCGGGAAGCAUUUCUUGAGUUUGACAAGGACCGAGAUGGGUUCAUCUCUUGUAAGGAUUUGGGGAAUCUCAUGAGGACAAUGGGUUACAUGCCCACGGAGAUGGAACUGAUUGAACUGGGCCAGCAAAUCCGCAUGAACUUGGGUGGCCGUGUAGAUUUUGACGACUUUGUGGAGCUGAUGGCCCCCAAAUUGCUUGCAGAAACAGCUGGGAUGAUUGGUGUCCAGGAGAUGCGAGAUGCCUUCAAGGAAUUUGAUGCCAACGGAGACGGGGAGAUCACCCUGGGGGAGCUGCAGCAGGCCAUGCAGAGGCUCCUGGGAGACAAGCUCACGCCCCAGGAGAUCUCCGAGGUUGUCCAGGAAGCCGACAUUAAUGGAGAUGGCACCGUCGACUUUGAAGAGUUUGUGAAGAUGAUGUCUCGUUGA